AUUUUUCUUUUUCAAAAGAUGGCUUGUUAGCGCGGCAACGCCUCUUCUCGGCCCAAUUCUCCGAUCAUCGACCAUUCACUGACGUUCGACCACAUAUCGAGAUUUCAAAUGUUAUCUUCCACAACACUGGCGGCAUGUCGCGUCUAACGUGUUUCUUUAGCAAAAAGGAUAUACAGCUCGAUAUAUUAAGAUUAACGUGUAAUAAAAAAUUAAACGUUGGUUCUUUUACUAAAAAUGGCUGAUCGCUAAAUUUGUUUUAUAUAUACGUAUUAAUACAUGGUGAAAAUCGUACUAGAUAAGUAAAUAACCUAAAGUAUUAUCGAUCCUGUAAAACGCGCGUAAAUAUGCCGCGUACCAAAGCAUCACCAAAAAAGUGUGUUAAAACGACUAAUUCAUAUCCAGGAACGAAUACAUGGGUUUUUCUUAUGAAAGGUGAUGGUUUGAGUAACACAGAUGGAGGAGGUAUACCUGAUGUGAUUAAGUUGAGGCAUCCAGCUACAAAUCAACCUGCUAUGUUUGUAUUUAAUCCAGGCAAUACGACAGUGCAAGAGGUUUUAACAUUCGAUGAGAAUAAAAGAUCAUGGUUUAUAGACGAUAAUGUAAAAUCCGAUGGGAAAAUGCAUUUAUCUACUCCUAUUGAUCCAAUAUUUUUAGUAUUACCGUACUUACGAAAGACUCAACAAGUACAACCAUUAAAUCAGUGUUUAUGGGACGAAGACUUCCCAGAGACGUCUCGCCUAUCUCAGUGUCAAAAUUUGAAGUUGACAUUAGUUGCUGAUCGCAAAGGAGAUGAAUCACUACAAGCUUACAAAUUUAACGAGGAGAAGACGUUAGCUUGGUUACAGAAAAAGGUAGAAAGAGUAGUUGAUGUAUUGAAACAGAAGGGUAUUCAUGUAUCGCAAGGUGCUAUUAGUGCUACUUAUAUUAAAAGUAUUAAACUUGAAACUGCAUCGGAAGGAGAAUAUUUAAAGUAUGCUCAUGGUAUAGUAUCAGAAUAUCUGUCAGAAGAUUUAUCGAAAAAAUUAGCACAAUAUUUAAAUAUACCAGAUGAAACGGAAAGUAAGAAACGGAAAUUAAGUAGUCCUAACGAUAGUACCGAAGAAAAGAGGUCUAAGAAAGAUACAGUUGAAAAUGAAUUAAUAUUAAAGCCAAAAGCUACUGAUCUAUCCAAACCAGAAAAACUUCAAAAACCUACUAUUGGUAAAAAGGAGUUAGCCAGGCAAAAAGCAGCAGCAGGAUCCAAAAGUAUUACUAAUUUCUUUAAAAAGAAAUGAAGUUCAAACCAUUGUAAAAAGCGAAAAUAUUAAACAUUUAAAAUUUUGAGUACUGUAAUAUAUAUAUACAUAAUUUAUAUUGAUCUGUAACAAUUGUUAUUCAUGAAUAGAGUCAGAAUACUUUGUUGAAGCAUAAAAACAUGUCCACUCGUUGUUUAAACAAUAGAAAAAUAAUUUUUGUAUACUUCAUUCGUAGAUAUUUUUAUAUUGCAAUUUUUAUAUACUUAAACGUAUAAGACAUUUAUUUUAAAUAAUUGUAUUUAAAUUUUACUUAUAGGUAAAAUAUAUUACAAGUAUGAAAAUGUGAGAAUAAUUAAACAUAUGUGUCAAUUUACCGAUGUGUCCCUUGGUAUUAAAAUCUUGGUACUUACAAUUUGUAAGUGUUAUUUACUUUGAGAGUGGUAUAAGUCACUUAUAAAAAUGAAUAUUCAUUUGAAGAAGUUAAUAAGUUUCAACAGAUACACAUCAAUUUAUUGAAUUUUUUCAGAGUUGGAUUUAUACCACUUUAAAAAUAAAUGGCUCAGUCAUUUACAAUAAACUAGUUUUAAAAAUUAGGACUGUUACUUUUUAUAUAUUUAGUGUUAAAUUUAACUGUUAUUUAACUAUGUGAAUCAUUGAAAAUGAAACUAUAGAAAAGUGUUUUUAACAAAGGUUGUAAGUUUAUAAUUUAUGAUUCAACUGUAGAUUUUAUGCAUUUAUAGAAUGCUUUAAUACACGAAAUAGAAUAAAGUAAAGAUAUAGAGAA